GGCCCGACUGGCAGGAAAAGUCUGGGAUCUCCAGACCACCACCAUUCCCCUGAGAACAGCUACUACAGUGAUCUUCACGCAGCCUAUCAACUGGCCUCAGAGGCUCCGUGACUAUCGUGCGCCCCGUGGCACUGCUCUUUUCUCAGUCACCCCACGGCUGGAUCCCAACAGCACCCAAGCGGAAAAUGUCCUGCUGAUGCUACUCCUGAGGUUCGCGGGAACCGGAGAGUGCAGAAAGAAUCCGGGUGAGCGUCUGCGUCCGGAGAUCCGAGCAGACAGCAACCAGCCGCUUAGCUUCAGACCUCCACCCGAACGCCGGAAACCUGGGAGCCUGAACUUCCGGAAAGUGGCGAUUUCUACGAAGCUGAUUGGUUGUUGCUUUGAGUCGCCCCGCCCACGUCCUCGCUUUUUUUCCUGCUGCGCCUGCUCGCUGUCAGUACCUAGCCACGCCAUGGCGGACCCAGAAUCCUUGGGCUUUGAACACAUGGGCCUGGAUCCGCGGCUCUUGCAGGCUGUCGCUGACCUGGGAUGGUCGCGACCUACGUUGAUUCAGGAAAAGGCCAUCCCGCUGGCUCUGGAGGGGAAGGACCUGCUGGCUCGGGCCCGCACUGGUUCCGGGAAGACAGCCGCUUAUGCUAUUCCGAUGCUACAGCUGCUGCUCCACAGGAAGGCGACAGGUCCUGUGGUGGAACAGGCUGUGAGGGGCCUUGUCCUUGUUCCUACCAAGGAGCUGGCACGACAGGCUCAGUUCAUGAUUCAGCAGCUGUCUGCCUACUGUGCUCGGGAUGUGCGGGUGGCCAAUGUCUCAGCUGCUGAAGACUCAGCUUCUCAGAGAGCUGUACUGAUGGAGAAACCAGAUGUAGUGGUAGGGACUCCAUCCCGUAUAUUAAGCCACUUGCAACAAGACAACUUGAAACUGCGUGACUCCCUGGAGCUGUUGGUGGUGGAUGAGGCUGAUCUUCUUUUUUCCUUUGGCUUUGAGGAAGAACUGAAGAGUCUUCUCUGUCACUUGCCCCGGAUUUACCAGGCUUUUCUCAUGUCAGCUACAUUUAAUGAGGAUGUACAAGCAUUAAAGGAACUGGUACUACAUAACCCGAUAACCCUCAAGUUACAGGAGUCUCAGCUUCCAGGACCAGACCAGUUACAGCAGUUUCAGGUGGUCUGUGAGACAGAGGAAGACAAAUUCCUGCUGCUGUAUGCUCUCCUCAAGUUGUCACUGAUUCGAGGCAAGUCCCUGCUCUUUGUCAAUACUCUAGAGCGAAGUUACCGGCUCCGCCUAUUCCUGGAGCAGUUCAGCAUCCCCACCUGCGUGCUCAAUGGAGAACUUCCCCUGCGCUCCAGGUGCCACAUCAUCUCACAGUUCAACCAAGGCUUCUAUGACUGUGUCAUAGCAACAGAUGCUGAAGUCCUGGGAGCCCCAGCCAAGGGCAAGCGACAAGGACGAGGGCCCAAAGGAAACAAGGCCUCUGAUCCAGAGUCAGGAGUGGCGCGGGGCAUAGACUUCCACCAUGUGUCUGCUGUGCUCAAUUUUGAUCUCCCCUCCGCCCCAGAGGCAUACAUCCAUCGAGCUGGCAGGACAGCGCGAGCCAACAACCCAGGCAUAGUUUUGACCUUUGUGUUACCCACAGAGCAGUCACACUUGGGCAAGAUCGAGGAACUUCUUCGUGGAGAAGGCGAGGCCCCGGUCCUGCUUCCCUACCAGUUCCGAAUGGAGGAGAUCGAGGGUUUCCGUUAUCGCUGCAGGGAUGCCAUGCGCUCAGUGACUAAGCAGUCCAUUCGGGAAGCAAGACUGAAGGAGAUUAAGGAGGAGCUUCUGCACUCAGAGAAACUUAAGACAUACUUUGAAGACAACCCUAGGGAUCUCCAGCUGCUGCGACAUGACCUGCCUUUGCACCCCGCAGUCGUGAAGCCUCACCUGGGCAAUGUGCCUGACUACCUGGUCCCUCCUGCUCUUCGUGACCUUGUACGCCCUCAUAAGAAGCGGAAGAAGAUGUCCUCCUGCAGAAAGGCUAAGAAAGUGAAGACCCAGAACCCACUGCACAACUUCAAGCACAGAGGAAGGAAAUCCAAACCAACAGCCAUGCCCUCCUGAGGUCACCUGGGUCUGAGUUCAGAGCAGAGUGGGCUUCCUCGCCUGGAUGGAGUGGGCUUCCCACACUGCACAAGGGCACACUCUGGUGCUUGCUGUCUGGAGAGACUGAACUCUGCGGAGGCAGCACGGGACCCUACAGUUCUGCCAAGCUGCCAUUUGCCCCUUAACAGAAUAAAGGCUGUGCCUCUGG